AUGAUGAACAAAGGAGAGUGCAUCAGAUUACUUCUCUUAUUGAUGAUCCUCUUUGCCUUGGGUAACCCAACUGAAGAUACAACACCGCCGAAGUAUGUUGAGGACAAAUUUGCUGUAUGUAACGAGAAAUCUUCCACCAAGAAUUAUGGGAAAUUCGUAGUUGUGAAGCCAAAAGGAAAAUUCUGGAAUACACCAAAGGCUAAAGAUGAAGAGAGCGAACCCGCUCAUGUCGAAGAACCCUACCUACCAAAUGAGUUUGGAACUGGCGUACAUGAGUAUGCUUAUCAUGCACGGGACAGUGCUCCUAGUCCCAACAUAAACAUCUGCAAAAUACGAUUUGAAGUCCAAGUCAAGACAUGCCCGGUGCUGAGUAAUCCAGAUAAUGGUUUCCAUGACUGUCCUCGUAUAACUGACUACCUGGUUGUCGGGACGACUUGCCGUUACUUCUGCAAGGAUGGCUACAAUUUACAGGGUGCAUCUCAGCUAGAAUGUCACGGAACAUCAAGCGAAACGUCCGCAACAGUUACAUGGGCACCACUGCCCGCACCAACCUGCGCAUAUAGUGAAGGUCCUGUAUUAUCUGGCUGUGAGUCCUAUCAGUUUUUCCUCCCGGCCAAUGAAAGUGCAUCGGCCUUCAUCUGGACUGUCCCAGUUGCAUCUGACAAUAGUGGUGACGAGCUAACCAUCAGUACGCCAUCUUUCCCCAGACCAGGCGUACAUGAACUGGAGGCCGACCAUUACAGUUUACCCUACUCAGUCACAGACAACAGUGGAAACGUCGGGACCUGCAGUGUAUAUCUUAUCGUGUCAGGGUACUACCUUGAGGGCGAGAACCAUGCUAUGUGCCAACAAAGAAACCCUGGUUCUAAGCUAGGUGAAUGGUCGAAUCCAACACCCCGUUGCACAGAGGUGCGCUGUGAUCCAGCUCCUUCACUAGAGAAUGGCUACCAAACAUUUGGACUUUGCGACACUAAAUAUCUAUCCCUCUGUGUCUACGACUGUUCUGAGGGAUACACCAUUAGGAAUCGCAUACUCCAGUGCAUUGGUCAGGCGGGAACCAACUCUGCUUCAUGGAUAGCACCAGGGGGUGAUGGACCGGUGUGUGAAGCCAUCACAUGCCCCCCGAUACCAGUGCCUUUGAACGGAGGAAUAAAUGGAUGUCCUGUGCAGAUAAAUGUUGAGUAUGGAUCUAUCUGCACUGUCUUCUGCGAUGAUGGGUUCAAGUCCACCACCGGAAGCGAUCCUGUACAACGUACAUGUGACAAAGAUGAAGAUAAUGUAGGCUUUUGGAGAGAGGGAGGAACAUUAACAUGUGUCGUUGUGACUUGCCUCCCGCUCUCUGAUCCAGUCAACGGGGAAAUAGUUUCGUGUACAACUGAUGGAUCAAGCACCAAUAUUAGUCAUAUCCAAGAAUAUAACACGGUCUGUAGAUCGUCUUGUAACCUUGGCUAUACUCCACAGUACAGUGUCACUCGUAGAUGUGGAAAUGAUGGAUCUUGGGAUGGAGUUGAACAGCUCUGUGAAGAUGAAACCAGUCCGGAAAUCAGCUGUCCAUCAGACAGAAUUUUGUUUGCCGAAUUCAACCAACUUGAGGCAACCUUUGAAGCUAGCCUAUGGGAGCCUGUACUUGCAACAGAUGCUGGAAACACUCUGACAGCCUAUCUGUACAGCGUGAACUCGGAUAUAGUAACUGGGAGUAUACCGACCAGCCUGGUGGAAGGAGAACAUACCAUCGAAUAUAGGGCCGCUGAUGUUGCAGGAAAUCAUGCUUCAUGUACAUUUAAUGUGGAUGUCAAAGUUACUAGAUGUCCCCCUCUAUAUGCUCCAACAAAUGGUGAAAUCAGUUUGAGCUCUGGCAGUGGCGGCUGUACAUCAGGAGCGAUUUACGGAUCUGAAUGCCAAGUCUCCUGUCUGGACGGAUAUGUACUGUCUGAAGACACAUCAGAUGAUCUCCUUCCCGUCUUCGUUUGCAAUAGAUCAAGUUCGCCUUCCACCGUUGGGAUGUGGAGCGGACAGCCGCAAUCUUGUAACAAAAUCGAAUGUAACAUACCAUCAGUUCCCAAUGGAUCCGUCUCUGGUUGUCCAUUUUCUGCUGUAUAUGGGGAUUCAUGCUACUUCAUGUGCAAUGAUGGAUUCAAGAGCAGUCAGGGAAGAAAGUCUAUUACCAGGGUUUGCCAAGUUAAUGGCUCAUUUGACGGGGAAGACCUCAUUUGUGAUGUUGAGAUAUCAUGUCCCACAUUGAUUGAACCUGAAGAUGGGUCUGUUCUACCGACUACGUGUACUCAAUCUGGAGGAGUGCCUUAUAAUACACAUUGUUCAUUCUCUUGCAAUCAUGGCUACCUGCAAAAUGGAGUCUAUUCUAAGACAUGCCUUUCUACUGAAAUGUGGAGUGACGUGCGAGAGGUGACAUGCACAGAUAAUGAAGCCCCUGUUUUCUCAUCUCCGUGUCCGCUGGAUCACCACUACAACGCCGACAGGGGACAGUCCUAUGCCAACAUACCGGACAUAGGUGAUCUUGCACCAGACGCAACUGACAAUUCCGGAGCAUUCACACUGACUUUGAAUUCUACGAUACCAGAGGAUAACAAUUUUCCCGAGAACCCAACACGAUUAGUCUACAUGGCUGUUGACUCGAAUGGCAAUCUGGCGGUCUGCCAUGUCAUCGUGCAUGUUACAGUUUUCCGAUGUCCACGUCUUCAAGCUCCUUUUCAUGGAUCUGUAACCAACUGUCCCGUUAGUCCCGUGUAUGGGUCUGAGUGUUCCUACCUGUGUAAUGAAGGAUAUGAACUCGAAGGAUCAGAAGCGAGGACUUGUGAACUAAGGGGCGAUCAUGGAUCAGCAGGUUGGACCGGUGAUGAACCCAUAUGCCAAGCAAAGACGUGUCCUGCACUUAUGACACCUGAAAACGGUGUUAAAUCUGGUUGCAUCAACAACCCACCAAGUACCGAGGUCUUCGGCACACAAUGCAUUUUCGACUGUGUGUUCGGCUUUGAAGGCAUUGGCGGUAGAAACCCGAUCUGCCAGGCAGAUGGAACGUGGACAAGUAAUAAUUUCAGUUGCAUAGCUGCAUCGUGUCCACCCCUAGAAAUCCCAGAUGGCUCUUCAGUAACGCCAGAAAAAUGCACCACUGAUCCUGUCUUUGGGCAGUCGUGCGUAAUAUCAUGUACGCAAGAAGGCUACCAGCUUUCUCCUCCGAACUAUUCUUUGCUGUCAUGUCAGGCUAAUGGUCAGUGGACUCCAGGUAACACUAUGGCAACAUCGUGCACAGACAUACAAAGUCCGACAUUUUCUGAAUGUCCUCAGUAUUUGACUUUCAGUCCGGCCCGUGGAGAAACUCUGGCUAAUGUCACGUGGACCGUUUCGGCUACAGACAAUAGCGGUGACGGACCCACCAUUACUUGUGACAAGGAGCAAGGCCCUAUGGGUGAAGGGGACUCUCGAGUCACCUGCACGGCCUCAGAUUCUGCAGGAAAUAACAGAAUGUGUACAUUUGACAUUGAAGUGGAAAUUCACCGAUGCCGUCCAUACUGGCUGCCACAAUUCGCUGAAUUCGUUGGUGACUGUGAUACAAUUUGGGGUACAGAGUGCAGUUUAGCCUGUUCUUCUGGCUAUCAGCUGAUUGGUUCUAGUACAGUCACGUGUGAAUCUGAUGGAUCUGAAGCAAGCUGGAUUGUACAGACAGCACCUCGAUGUGAAGUCAUUCAGUGUGAUCCUCUAGAAUUACCCGAAAACGUCGAUAUCAAUCCUCCAUUAUGUGCUGGACCAGAACCUAUUAGCGCCGGACAAACUUGCACACCAUAUUGUCCUAGUGGUAGAGAGCUACAAGGUAAUGGGCUGCCCAUCGUUUGCGAAGAUGAUGGUCAAUGGAACAGAUCGGUUGAAGGUUUGGCAUGUACAGACACCACGGCACCGAUCUUGACCACCUGUCCAUCUCCCAUUACUCUUACGCGGACCGAGGCUUGGGGAGUAACGGCAAAUUUUCCUCCUCCUACAGCUACCGACUCCGUAGACGGUACUGAUCUCAAUGUUACAACAUCACCCUCUGAUCUGGUAUCUCCAUACAAUGUUACUGGAGACACCACAUUCAUUUACACCUUCUCGGAUGUUGCGGGGAACAGUAUCCAAUGUUCUUUUAGCAUUUACGUUCAAGACGAACUUUAUCCCGUCCUGGAUUACUGUCCUAGCGACUUUGAAGUCAACACCACCACACAAUUGACGGAAGUUAUCUGGGAUCCACCCAUAUUUUCGGAACCUACUGGAGAUCCUUUGGAAAUAUCCUGCAACUAUGAGAACAACAUGGCCACGUUGGCUAUUGACAAGGAUCACUUGGUAGAGUGCACGGCAACGAACCUUGAUAACUCUAAAACCACUACCUGCAGCUUCGUCAUAAGCGUUAAAAGAAAGCCUUGUCUCAGCUUAGAUGCGCCGACGAACGGAGCUCUUGCUUGUGAUGGGUUUAGUGGCGGUACAUUUUGUUCAAUAUAUUGCAACGACCAGUUUGACAUUCCAAGAUCACGUCUGCAAAUCCCUGAGCGAUACGUUUGUGGAAUAACAGGGCAAUGGACGCCACAUGACAGUGUGCCAGACUGCACAGAAACAAUUAAUGGAAAUCAAAUAAAACUUCCAAGUGAGGUACAUUACUACAGUGGAUCAUGUGGAACUGCUGAAACCAAUAAUGAGAUCGCUACUGCAUUCUUGGAAGCGUUUCAGUCUUCUUCAUUUUCUAGUAUCUGCACGGAGAAUGCUGAAUGUUCAGUUGACAACAUACAAGUGACAUGUGGUCCUUCCAGUGAAGUGGGCAGGCGAAGAAAGCGAGACGUGGGUCGAAGGGAGUAUGGAUAUGCGGAAGCCCCCCUUAAAAAAAUAGAGAAGAGACAAAUUUCAUUAGAUUAUGUAUUUACUGUAACGUGUACCAUUGGACAUAAACUGACUGUCCCUGAAGGGCAAGACUCUUUUAAUGCAGUGCUGGAUACAGAGGAAAGUUUAAUGGAUGUUUUUGAAACCCUUGUCUCAAACGGCGACUUGGACCUUAAUGUCACUACUGUGGAUGGUAUCCAACUUGACUUAGAUGAAUCUUCUGUCUCAUUCGAAUAUUCAGAACUGGUGUGCGACCCUCCCUACACUGCAAACAAUGACGACUAUCUCUGCGUACCAUGUGGAAGGGGUUUUUAUUACGACAAUGAAACUCAGGAGUGUCUACAGUGUGAAGUUGGGGCCUACCAAGACGCCCAUGCCCAGUUCACAUGCCAACAGUGCCCUGAAGGACAGUCUACACUCGGUAUCGGAUCCAAAAACCUGACUCAAUGUAGAGAUAUUUGCCAGCCUGGCCAAAGCUCUGACUCCGGACUAGCACCAUGCUACCUUUGCAAGAUAGGUAGCUACCAAGAGGAAUUCUAUUCCACCGAAUGUGUUACCUGCCCCAAUGGCAUGUCAACUGAAAGCAAAGGUUCGCAGUCAUCCCUAGACUGCAUUGAGUAUUGCAGAGCUGGAGAGUAUUCCCCAUCAGGAUUUGUUCCUUGCACGCCUUGCCCUAAUGGUACUUACCAGAGUGGAACUCAACGAAGUCAAUGUCACGAGUGUCCAAGUGAAACUACGACACUGCAGACAGGUUCCACUGAUGCAUCCAUGUGUGUUGAUAUUGAUGAAUGUGGAAGCAGCCCGUGUCAACAUGGUGCAUCCUGUGUUGAUGGAAUCAACUCUUUCACAUGCAUAUGCACUGAAGGUUAUAGAGGACAGUUGUGUGAAGAUCCCAUCCUGUGGUGCGACUCCGGUCCUUGUCUCAACGGAGGAACGUGUGUGGAUGAAAGUGAUCAGUUCUCAUGCACUUGUGCUCUUGGAUAUACAGGCAACGUAUGCGAGACAGAAAUAGACAACUGCGAUCCACCACCAUGUGCGAAUGGUGGAACCUGUAGGAGCAGCAUAGGUGAAUUUGAUUGUUCUUGCCCAUUUGGAUUUGGUGGUGAAACCUGUUCAGACGAAAUAGAUUACUGUCUAAAUAAUCAAUGUGAAAAUAAUGGAAGCUGCAUAGUCUCUGAACUUGCAUUAGGUGGUUACUCCUGCCAGUGUAACGCAGGGUAUACAGGGUCGACAUGUUCUAUUAACAUUGAUGAAUGUAAAAGUAGCCCUUGCUUACAUGGCGGCGAUUGCAUCGAUGGUAUCAACAGUUUUACCUGUACAUGCACAACUGGAUUUACCGGUCUGGAAUGCGAAACAGACAUUGAUCUGUGUGCUGAUUGGAACUGCCAGAAUGGUGGUACAUGCAAGGAUCUAGGCGACAGCGUAAUCUGUGCAUGUGAUGAAGCCUAUGCCGGGCAGCACUGUGAAGAAGUUAGAACAGCUUGCAGUGACUCCCCCUGCAGAAAUGGAGGAACGUGCUCAGCUGUUGACAACACAACAUUGGCAUACCAAUGCUCCUGUACUGAGGGAUACAUAGGACAAAGGUGCGAAACCAAAGUGAAUUAUUGUCAGCCAGAUCCAUGUCGAAACGGAGCAACCUGUGAGGACGAAUCUGUUAAUUAUAUCUGCCAUUGUCCUGUCGGUUAUCAAGGGGAAACCUGUUCUGAAGUAAUACGACGGUGUGAUGACACUCCAUGUGGACUGAAUGCAACUUGCAUUGAACAGACUGAUUCCUUCGCGUGCCUAUGUGAUGUGGGUUACACUGGACCGAGAUGUGAGGACGUGCUUACCUUCUGCGAUGCACAAAACCCUUGUCUAAAUGGAGCGACAUGCAGCGGAGAUUCGGAUACAUAUGAGUGUCAAUGCCCACCUGCAUACUAUGGUACGUUGUGUGAACACUUGAACGACCCUUGUGCUAAUUCGCCCUGCCUGAACGGUGGUUCAUGUGUAAAGGACCAGCUAUCUUAUCAGUGUGACUGUGUGCAGGGAUUUGAAGGAAUACACUGCGAAGUUGAUCAAGAUGAAUGUAACAGCAAUCCAUGUGAACAGGGAAGUUGCACUGAUGGUCCAGGUUCCUUUAAGUGCGAAUGUGUUGCUGGAUACUCUGGAGUCACCUGUUCUGAGGAUGUCCUGUGUAGCCCAAAUCCUUGUGAAAAUGGAGGAAACUGUGAGAACCUAAAAGUGAAAUAUCGGUGUGAAUGUGCCUCAGGAUUUUCAGGUACAACAUGCGGGAGGCAAAUAGAUUACUGUCGAAAGAGACCAUGCGUACGUCAGAAUACGGAACACUGUGAGAAUCUAGUUGGUAGUUACCUCUGCACCUGUAAGACUGGAUUCUCAGGAUCACGAUGUGAGACAGAGAUCGAUGAGUGUGCAGAGUCACCAUCCCCGUGUCUGAAUGAUGGAAGCUGCAUCAACCAAUGGGGGAGUUUCACGUGCCAAUGUCAACCAGGCUUCACGGGUGACCGAUGCGACGUCAACAUCGAUGACUGCGUCAAUCGCAAUUGUGAAAAUGGAGGAACUUGUAUUGAUGGGACCAAUAGCUACAGCUGCCAAUGCACUCAAGGAUCCUAUGGAUCACAUUGUCAGCUGAAGUCGACACUGUGUGAUAACGACCCUUGUCACAAUGGAGGUGUGUGCAUUCUCAAUGAAGAUGGCUUCCACUGUGAAUGCCUGUCUGGUUUCAACGGGGAAACCUGUGAAUAUAACAUCGAUGACUGCGAAAAUCAUCUCUGUGCUCAUGGCUCUACGUGUCAAGACCAGUGGAAUAGCUACCGCUGUAUAUGUCCAUUAGGUAUAACUGGAAAGCUGUGCGACCAAGAGAUUGAUGAUUGUCUCUUGAAUCGUUGCCAGCAUGGAUCGACCUGCAUUGAUGGAAGAUCAAGUUUUACAUGCAUCUGCGCAAGUGGGUUCACUGGGAAGAUGUGUGAAAUUGAUAUUUUGGAAUGUUCGUCUUCCCCUUGCCACAACUUUGGUGAAUGCCUAGAAGGAACAGACAGGUUUGAUUGCCAGUGCCCUGAAGGUUACCAUGGUACAACUUGCGAAGAACUUGUAAGUUAUUGUGUGUCAAGCCCAUGCAAGAACAAUGGAACCUGCACGGACGCCUUCAGAACUUAUAUCUGCACAUGUCCCCCAGGGUAUACAGGAGACAAGUGUGGAACAGUUAUUCCUGACAACUAUGACCUUAAGUUGGAUCACCAAACUUCGUCGACCCUAUUUUCUGCUGAUGUGAGCACCGAUUCGGAAAAUGUAACUGUAUCUCUGUGGGCUACUGCAGAGAUUACAUCAUCCCACAGUCGACUCCUUAGUUUUGGGUUGGAGACUCUACGGUUUGGCAUUUACAAUCCUUGUAAUGUCAUGUUCAUAGAGGCAACUCGGAAUCAUUCAUCUGAUGGACUCUCGAUUUGUGAUGGCCGUUGGCAUCAUCUGUUGCUUGUAUUUAUCCGCACUGGAAGAUGGUUGGUUCUCUUCGAUGGUUCUGAGGUUAUGAGUGGAGGUGGCGAUGUGUCUCAGCAUAGUCUUUCAGGAAAACUGCAGCUUGAUGUUGGAGCAAAUGAGCUGGACGAGGAGGAUUCCAUUUUCAUAACUGGAAUCAAUGUAUGGAGUGGAUAUAUACCAGAGGAUGUGUUAACGAGAAUCAAAUCGGAGUGUUUGCCACAGCUGUAUGGGAACAUUAUUUCAUGGACGAACUUUGACUCUCAUCAGGAUUUUCCUACAACUGCAGUGACCCCUUCAGUGUGUGAUGAUACUGAUGAAUGCGAAGACCUGAAUCCCUGCCUGAAUGGAGCAACUUGUGUGGACAAACUCCGUUCUUAUACCUGCACGUGCCUUAUAGAUUAUACAGGGGUAAACUGUGAAAGAUUCAUAGAGUUAUGCAACACUGAUAGCUGUGAGCAUGGAGGAACAUGCACAACCAUGAAUGGGACUAUUCAUUGUUCAUGUCCUGAUAGAUAUUUAGGAGAGCUUUGUGAGCAUGAAAUAAUUGAUGGUGGUUGGAGUGACUGGUUGCCAUGGAGUACGUGUAGCGCAUCUUGUGAAGGUGGAACUCGAAACUCUUCAAGGGAGUGUACUAACCCACCACCUAAUGAAUAUGGACAACCUUGUACUGGAGAAAGUGCUAAAGAAGAGAUUUGCAACGUUCAAGACUGUCCUGGUUGCCUUCACCUUCAAAACCCCCUGAAUGGUUCAGUGAGUUGUUGGAGUAAAGGAGAAACAAGACAAUGUACUGUUCAGUGCGAUUCACCCGACCUUGGCUUUGUUCAGCCGCCGUUAGAAUUGUAUUCCUGUGGUCCAGAGACAGAUUAUAAAUGGGAUCACGAAGAUGAUGACAACCGUAGAGCCAUUCUGCCUGCUUGCAGGGAAACAAUACCUCCUGUUUCCUCAAAUGCCCAUGCCGACUUGCUUUACCCUUCUGCAACUUGUGCUUCACAAGCUGAAGAAGAAAACAUUCGAGAAAUCGCCGGUUCUAAUAUUUUGGAUAAUAUUCGUGCUAGUGGUUGCAAGAACUGUGCUGUGUCCAAUUUAAAGGUCAAAAAUUGCGGUCUAUCAAGGAAGCGAUCGGUUGUAACAUCUCCAAUCACUGUUUCUGUCGUUAUGGAUCUCAACAACAUUACCGAGGAUGAAUCUCUCGUCGAAUUUGGCAGCAACCUCGAACAGCGUUUACAGAAUGGAUCAUUUGCAAUGGAGGUAGAUGGCCAGGUCAUAGAAGCUGACGUAAACCGAAGUGGUGGUGUGGCGAUCAUUACUUGUCCGUUUGGAACUGGUCUGACACUGGAGGGAAGAUGCGUUGUGUGCCCGGCUGGUACUUAUCAUUACGUGCUGCCAAACACAACUGAAGCGGUGUGUGGGUAUUGUCCAUUACACACCUACCAGAAUCAAGAUGGCCAAGGUAAUUGUAUUCCGUGCCCUUCAGGAUUGAUAACAAAUGAUCCAGGAGCUGAUGACAUCCACUUCUGUAUAGAACCAUGUCCAAUUGGUCAUUACCAAGAUGUCUGGGCUGAUUCUAAUGAGACGGUGUGUAUCCAGUGUCCUUAUGAUUCCUAUCAAAAUAAAACUGGAAAGGAAAGCUGUGUACCCUGCCCUGAUAAGUAUGUAACUCGGGAACAAGGAUCAACAAGCUCGUCUGAUUGCGUCGCUCUGUGUAAUGCUGGGCAUUAUGUUGAUCUUUCAAACGAGACCAAUCCACAAUGUCCUCCUUGUCCACUCAACACAUUUAUUGAUCUUGAUUUGCAUCAAGAACAAGAAUGUUCGCCAUGUCCGCAAGGAAUGAUAACCACACAGAAUGGAAGUUCUCAAAGUACUGACUGCCUCGUUGUGUGUUGGCCAGGGACCUAUUUAGAAAGUUCCACAUGCGUACCAUGUCCUUUAAACACCUACCAGGACCAGAUCAGUCAUCGUGGAGGUUCAUGCAUCAAUUGUACUGGAGAUCUUGUUACUUUCCACGAGGGUUCAGAAAACCAACAAGACUGUGAAGAAGAGCCGGAUGAGACAGAAGUCAGCAAGGGUCGACAUGUUGCCAUCAUUUUAGGCAGUUUAGCUUCUGUCGUUGUUGUUAUCAUUCUUGUAGUGACUGUUGUGUAUUGGGUGAAAAAGAUGCAGCAAAGAAUGAAGGUUGGAGACGAGUCAGUUGAGAUGGAAAAGGUUGAAGCAACACGUGCGGUUCGAAGAAACAACUAUACAACAGACAUGUCGGAGUAAAUGACAACUGCAAAUGGUUGAAUAUCGCACAGAUACAGACAGUGGCCUUGUACAUAUUUUGAAGUCGGUUUUUAUUCAAAUUCUGGUUAAAAGUUGUUGUUUAACUUUGGAUAGCCAAGUGUGACAUAAAUCUCUAUUUCAUUGUAUCAGAUAAUGUGACUCUCAAAUCAUUCUAACUGUAAGGGAUGGAUUAAUAAGAUAGUUGUCUUCAUCGGUAAAGAAUUUGGGAAGAGCACAGAAAACAUAAGAAACAUGCAAUAAUAAUGUUUUUUUUUUACAUUUUUGGCUUCCCAUACUUUUAUCACGGAGUAAGACCAUGGUCUCAUUUAGAUCCGACUUCGGAAUAUGGGCAAUUGGCAUCUAAUAUAACCUGGAGACUUUUUUUGCUUAAAUCCUCAUCUACAACACCACUAUCCACCUACGACUUGAACACAAAAUCAAAAGCAAAGUCUUUUAAAGGAACAAAUAUCUUAUCCUAGAUUAUGAAGUGCAAGACAAGGGAAUGUACGUGGCAGGCCUACACAGUAAAUACAGUUUUAGGAGUUUACAAGUAAAUACAGCAAGAAGUUUGGUGUUUUUAGUUUGCUUUUAUGUGUCCAAUACCGAUGCUAGGGGUAGGCUGUACAUCCGUAUGAGUCAAAAUACCCCGUUCUGUGAUUAUAUAGGGAAGAGUUUAUAGGGUAUGUGUCGGGGCAUGUGUGUGUGUGUUUGAGAUUGAAAAACUGUAUUUUUAACAUAAUUUUUUAAUAAGGAAGUCCCAGGCCAAAAUCUUAUAGUUAGUUACUGCCAUUUUCUCUUAAAAUUACGCAUUUUUCAAAAUUGACAUAACUUUUCAUUUUUGCUUACCUCCUAGUUCCAAUGUACUUCAAUUCAAAUUUUUAAUGUCUUUAUUAGUGUCUUGGUCAAGCAUAAUUGAAAGCUCACUUCAUUACUUUUCCCCCACAAAAAUCUCCAAGAUCUUGCAAAUCACAUGAAUGGGGUAGAUGCUUAGAAACCUGGCUCCAUCAUAAUAGAUGGAACAAUUUUACUACUAUGAAAAAAUAUGUAACUUUUCAGUAGGGCCUACACGUAUUACAAUUUGUGACCAAAAAUUUCUUAAUGCAAUAUGUGAUCCAUGCAUAUGAAUCAAUAAGAUCAGGAUAAAGUUAUAUUUCAUUUUCUAUGAACCAAGAUAAUUGAUUUGUAUAUUACAGAUAUUCAGAAUUUUGUACUAAUAUGUCACUUCUCUAUUUAUUCAAGAGAACCUCCAUUAAAAAACUACGCUUUCCAUAAGGAUAACAUAUCAUUCCAUUUAUUAUUGACCUAUUUUAUCCUAACUUAGCUUUUUGUGAAAGUUUGAAAUGAAAUAAAUUGUUUUGUUAAUCACGAAUUUGCCUCACUCCCAAAGUGAGAGGAGCCGCAUUCAUACCCUGAAAAUGUUCAAAUUACCAAUCAAAGAUUCUGGCCCAGAGAUUGAACUUUUUAGAAUGAGUUUUCCACUAUGUCCACUUUAUCAUUGUAUUCAUGGGCGAUGGUAAUUACAACGGUAAUUUUAACCAGGGGUGGAUUCAGGAUUUUCCAACAUGUCCAAAGGGGGUAUAUUUUGUCCAGGAAAAAAUCUACAACCAAAUGUAUGUAUCUGACAGGAAAGAAAUUUAAUAAAAUUAUAAAUAUGUUUCAGUUAGAUAGAGUUUAAGCAUGUGUUUAAAAUAUUUACUUGGUCCAGGUUAGGGUAGGCCUAUAGACAAGCAUGUAGCCUACAUAUGUUUUGAAUAUUUCAAUAGCAAGCGUUGGAAACGUCUGAUACCCCCCCCCCCCCCCUGAGAGUACAAGUGUACCAGGUUUAUGUCAUAUUUUGUACAGGUGUUAGAAAUAUUUCUUACUAGGUGAAGCAUUUUCAUAAUAGCCAAUACAGUGCUCUAGCAUUGAUGAGUGUAGUAUGUAGAUGUACAGAUGCACAGGAAGUGUCUUUUAUUAAUAGAAUGUGUUGCUUUAUGCACUCAUCUGUGAUUGAAAUUCUUUGAAUUACUUUAUAGAAAUUUUACAGUUAGUCCUAGUAACGGUAAGGUAUAUUAAGAGGUUAAUUUCAGUGAUUCAGGGAGAACCACCUAAGCUAGAAUAGACCACAGAUGUUAGUAUAGGCAGUCGAAGUUAAAACUGAGGGACUACGUCGGUGACGAGAUAACGACCCCAGCUGCCACCGGUUCACCACCGACAUGAUUCGUCAAAACUCAUGUCAUCAUUGGGGGCUCGAUCUCGUCCACUAAUUCGUCGAAGCCACAUCUCUCUGAUCUGGGGGCUACUCAUCAAGGGGCAACACUGUCUGCCGAGGCCGAGUGGAAGAGACAUCGCAAGCUGCGGAGGCCAGGAACUGGACCGACCACCAGGGCCGAGUGGGGCAUGUCAAGCCAGAAGAGAUGAUGGGGGCUCUCGUCAACUAUUAUUAUUAAGUUAAGUUAUAUUUUGUUAUCCAUAUCAAUGUAUAUUUUCAUGUACAAUUAUUGUAAAACAAAUCAAAAGGAAACAACAUAAUGAUUUAAGAGAUUUGAUUAAAUCUUUUAAUAACUAU